AUGCAGCUGAAGACGAAGAUCCCCAACUUCCUACCCCCCGAGCCAGACAGGAACGCCCCCAAUUGUAUAAGCAUCGAGGACGAGCUGAUACAGAACAUGCACCAGAUUUACCAGCAGCAGCGUGAAGAGGGCGGCAGCAGGACGGGGGCUACCCCGCCACAUCUCCUGGUGGACCCCGAGGACUGCCUGGACUUCCUUCCGUUUAACAGAACCCCAGAUGUGCACAGCAUCUGCGUUGAGUUGAAGCUGAAGUUGGACGUUAGGAACGCAAAUGGGGAGGCAGACCUCAAUUCGGAAAUCUACCUGAACAUUAACCCGAGGGGAGUCAUGUCCAGGAACCAGCGGAGCAUCGCCUACCAGUACAGGAGCACCGAGCCGGUGCGCGACGAGGGGCUGAGGCAGCUCACCCGGGAGCAGCGGAUGAAAUACUUCACCACCCUGUCGCACCAACUCGCCGGGAGGGCAGUCACCUUCCAGGGCACCACUUACAAGCUGCUGAACGUGCUGCAGACGGCCAUCUACGGAGGGGUGUACCUCGCGCAGGUGGUCCAGUCCGAGCACGACGGCCCAGCGCACAAGAAGAAAGCCAUCAAAAUAUUGUCCAAGAAUCUAAUCGAGUUGGCAAAGGAUAAAGUGCAAGAAGACCCUCUCUCAGAGUAUCGCUACCGAAGUUGCAUGAGUGGGCACAGCAACAUCCUGAGCUGCGACUGCAUUUUCGACGACGAUUACUACGUGUAUAUGAUCAUGCCCUUUGCAGUCCACGGAGAUCUAUUUGAAGUUAUGAAGAGAAGAAGGAGACCAUUCACAGAGGAGGAAGCCAAGUACCUCUUUUACCAAAUCCUCCUAUCUGUUAAGUUUUUACAUUGUAGGAAGUUAGCCCUCAGAGACAUAUCACUGGAAAAUGUCCUCUUAUUUGAAAAUGAGCAAAACGGAUUGAUCUAUCCCGUUUUGAAUGACCCUGGUCAGGCGACCUACUUCAGUUUGGACAAGCGAAAUGAAGUCUCCCUCUUAGAGUGCUCAAAAAUAUUUGGAAAGAUUUUCCGCCCACCAGAGGUGUAUGAAAGGUGUAAAUAUGACCCCACAAAGGUGGAUGUAUUUUGUGUUGGCUACAUUUUAUAUUUUUGCUUAACCAAGCAGGAGCUCUUCAGAUGUACCUUGGCAAAGGAUAUGCACUGGAAUUUGCUCAAGAGUAGACGUUACCAUGAGCUCUUGAGGGAUAAGAAGGGACUCCACUUGUCUGAACCUGCCUUAGACUUCAUUUUUCGAUGCCUAGAACCCGAUUUUAAAAGGAGACUCGAAGUUGGGGAGGCGUUGAGGCACCCCUGGUUCAGGGGGAACUUCUUCCCCGUGCACAACCAGAGUUUGUUUCACCUGCAGGGGGGGGACGCGCCCACAGGGGAAGUUACCACAGGAGAAGUUACCACGAAGGAAGUUACCACAGGGGAAGUUCCCACCAAAGAAGAUACCAAAGGAGACUCCUCCGCGCCCAUCUUCAAACUCUCCAAAGAAAUCGAACGCUGCGCGAAGAGGAAGAACAUAGCCAUAGGUCAAAACGCCUCCAUCCAAUUCAGCAUCUACGAGCAUGUAGUCGUUCCCCCUCUUCCUCCUGCCGCGCCCCCCCAGGUGUACGUCGGCGGGGAUAACAGCCCCUCCCCUUGUUUGAGCACUACACACAGGAGGGAGUACCCCCCAGGGUGUGAGCCCCAUGUGGGGGGUGGCCUCACCAUGGGGGAAAAGCCACCGCACCGGUUCGGCCCCAUCGGGGGGAAGCGCCCUGACGACACGCCAAGCUGGGCUACCGCCGACGGGGGUACACCCACGUGGACAGACCUGAACGGCACCUGCAAGGGGGUCCCCCCCCACGUAGGUGGUUACCCCAAUGUGGGUGGUUAUCUCAAAGUGGGCGGUCACCCCAAUGUGGGCGGUCACCCCAAUGUGGGCGGCCCCCCCAAUGUAGGUGACCCCCCGAAUGAGGCGUCGCCCACCAGCCCCACAGAUUACCACCUCGGCAAGGUGGCCACGCGUGCUCACUACACUUUCGCGAAGCAACCGGGAGUUUUGCGGAAGUCACCCCCGCCGGCGGAGAAACCAGAAUGGGCCCAGCAGUAUGGGGACUCCGCGUCUACCCACAUGGGUCUCACCCCCUGGAGAGGAGCAGACCAGCAGAGCAGUCCUCAUAACUCACCACCGAGUUGCAGCGCAGCGAGGGAGAAGUCUAAGUGGAAUUUUGUGAGCAGCCCCGCAAAAGGCGCAUACAGGAUGAUCGGAAUGAAGAGGAAGAAGCAGAAGUUAAGUUCCGUUGGGGGAGAAGCAGAAGCAGAAGCAGAAGUAGAUAGAGCAAUCGGAAGGGGUGACACCCCCUUCGUGGACAGCCCAAGCAGUGGCUUCCACAUAACCGCUAGACAGUCGUCCCAAACGGGGGAACAAGGAGAUACGCGUAAGGCGGGGCAGAAGAACCCCCACAUGCUGACCACUGCAGCGGUUGCCAAGGGGCGAGGGCUCCUGAGCAUCUUCUCCGAGAGGCAGUUCCCCAAUGGAGGAGGACCACCACAGAGUGGAAGAUUUGCCAAACAGCUUGCCUAUCCGAUAGGGCAUUUCAAAGAAGGGUCCUUCAUCCACGUCGAGGAGGAACAAUCUGAUUGGGGGAAUAUAUGCAGGAAGAACACCCCUCUAGAGUGGAGCAGAAAUUUAAAAGGAAAAGGUGUUACCAGAUGGGAGAGAGGCAAAGACCAACUGAUGAUACCACCAAGUGGGUACCAAAAUGGGUCACUUCACAUUCAACAGAGGGACACAGACAAGAGAGAAUGCAUCGACGAAGUGGCAGAGAUGGCAGUCCCUCACUUUGAAACACCAUGGGAGGUGAAGCUCAGCGAAAAGUGGAGAGACGUCCACAUGGGAGCUUUCAAAAAAGAGGAAGAAGAAGAAGAAAACUACUCAGCCGAAAUGGAAGGAGUUGUCUCCCCCAUGAGUGGAAGCCCCCUUCACGACGUCACAAUCGUAACAGGAGGGGAUACCCCCCAAAGGACAGAUCGGAUAGACACAACUGAUUCGAAUGGAGGAACAAAGAGUGGCGUCAGUUAUAAGCCUAACGGGGGAAAUGGCAAAUAUUACUCUCAUCUGAAUGAAGAGAUGCUUGCGGAGAGGAAUGCACCACCUUAUGGGGUAGCUCACUUGGGGGAGGCCUUCCAAAGGGGAGAGGAAGAAGCCCCUCCAAGUGGACUACACAACGGUGGAGAUCUCUACAGGGGAGUAAAGCGGUGGUGUAGUUUAGGCGGAAGAGAGGUCAUCUGGAAGGACGUUUCUCCAAAGGGGGUCUUCACUCCUUGCGAGGGAAAUUUUUUCAGCGGCGAAAGCACACCAAGCGUAAGUGAAAGCAGCUACACAGAUCGGCAUCUACAUAUGGGUGGGUCGAACGAAAAGGUAAAAGGGACUCCAUCGGAUGGGGAACUCCACAACGGGGAGUUACUCCCCCACAGAGAUGAAUCUUGCGCCUAUACGAAAGAGGAAGCGGCGUCUCCAAACUCGCGAAGCUUUCCAAGCUCACCAAGAUCCUCAAACGCCCGAAGCUUUCCGAACACCCCCUCACACGUGGAUAACCGCUCCGAUGUAGCUACUAGCCAUGCUGAAUCGCUCAAAGGGUGUUCCCCCCCGAACAAGCGUGAAGAACAGAAUCAAACGGAUUCUAACUCGUUCGGUAGAUGCAGCGAGGCGGAAUCCAGGCAUAUGUGCAGCAUCGUGAGUAGGAGCGCGUCCUCUUCCAUGGGCCAGGGGAAGGGAACUACCUCGGACCACUUAAUCACAACGAUGUCGUCGUGCCUGUCCGAGGAUGACUUGGAAGUGGCCAUGGUGAACGUGGAAAGGGAGUGCCCCACGCCGGGCGGCUCCAAGGAAAGGACGUGCACCCUGCAGGGGGGAGUGGCGGUUUGCGGUGAGGUGAGCAGUGAGGUGUGCAGUGAGGUGAGCAGUGAGGUGAUGGAGGAUGGACUUCUGUCGGGGGGACUUCUGUCAGGUGGACUUCUCUCCGGUGGACUUCUCUCCGGUGGACUUCUCUCCGGUGGACUUCUCUCCGGUGGGCUUCUCUCCGGUGGGCUUCUCUCGGGUGAACCGCACGACGAGGAGGAAGAUUUCAAAGACGCGCUGGAGUACGAGCUGGAACACGAGCUGGAGAGGGAGAUCAGGGAGGAGGAGCGGCAGCUCGAGAGAGAGCUGGAAGUGGAGCUGCAGAGGGGGGCAGAGGUGAAAAGGGGGGAAGAGGUGGAAACAAGCGUUAUAUCUGGCGCGUUAUCUGCCGUUGUAUCUUGCGUCGGAUCGGAGGGGGCAUCCUCCUGCGCAUCUGGCGGGGGAGAGCUGAACCGUGAAGGGGCCCCUGCAUCUGGAAAGGAGAAGGUUAGAAACGUGUCGGGUGGCACGUUGGAGGAGCGGUAUGAAUCCCUAUCGGGUGUGGAAAGCCAACCAGAGUGGUCCCCCGAGUGGUCGACUGAGUGCCCCCCUGAAUGGCAACAGACCAACGGUGUGAAGAGGCACCCGAACAGCACAUGGAGCCAUUCGACUAGCACAGAAAAGGGGAACCAAGAAAUUAAGGAAGCCUAUAAAAACUCACUCAGUGGAAAGAAAACGCAACAGGUUGGAGAGCUUAUGGUGGCAGAAGACACGAUGAACAAACGUGUAGGAGCAUCUGGGAUCACCACGAAGAGAAGAAGCAGUCCGUGCAAGUCCCAGCUGAGGAGAAAGAAGCCCACAAACAAAAUGAAAAAAGUGUAUUUUGGCGCCAACCAAGAAAAGAAGAAAAGCAAAAUUGUGAGGCUUCAGAAAUGUGUGCUCGGUGAGGGGUUGAGGAGCGGUUGGGGUGGACCCGCCAAGGGGAUCCCCACAAAGGGGAUCCCCACAAAGGGGAUCCCCACAAAGGGGAUCGCCGCAAAGGGAAUCACCACAAAGGGGAUCACCACAAAGGGGAUCACCACAAAGGGGAUCACCACUAACUGGAUCGCUUGCAGCGCCACGCCCCACCGAAAAGUCAGAGGCGAACCGAACGACGUGGGCUCCAUUGUAAACUGCGCGGGUAGGAAGGGGCCGCCCAAAACGAAGGCGAAGGUGCCCUGCGACAGGAAGAAGUGCCUAUCGAAGCGGCACACCAUAUCGGAGCUGCGCCUGGGGGGGGGCGUAAAUGGCGGCGGCAUAGGCGGUAUCGGCGGUAACAUCGGUCGCAGUGACCAUGCGAAGGCUCUGCCCAACCUGAGGGCCGCCAAAUCAAGCGGCAAAAUGUACAUUGGGAAACCUGUGGGGGGGAAGAACACUCUGCUGCAUCUGGCUGACACUAGGACCACCGGCGACGCGCUCCGUGACGUGGGGAAGAGACACACCAUUUCUAACGCGACAAUCGGAGGGAAGAGUCGCGAAGGUGCACAGACACCCUCGGUGAAGCCGAGGUGCGGUGAGGUCUACCACCCCAAGGGGGGCGUAAGGGGUAUGCAGGUGCAGCCCGCCUGGAGAGACACAGUCGGAAGGGUUAGCCUGAAAGGUGGCCCAAAGGCGUCCGGUGCCAUCCGCCGUAGCGUCCGUGGUAGCAUCUGUGGCGGUGAAGGCGGAGUGCUCGCCAGCCAGGUAGCCACGUGGAACGCCAAAGGUGGAGCAACGAAAGCUCGAAGGAACCACAACCAGGUGCAAAGCUCCUGUGCAGGGGAGAGGAACCAAAAGGAGCUAACCAAGAACCGUGUGGAAAAAGAAUUUAAGGGGAAGGAAGAAGGCACUCUGGUAGAAUCACACCGAGGAGGUGAAUCCCCCACGGAGGAGCCAACCACCGUAGAGGGAGACAACCCCCUCCAAGGGCUCAACACCACAGGGCUUUGUGCAAAUGGGGGAGAAGCACAUGUGGACCACGGAUUAGCUGGCCAAGAUGAAGUGUACAUGUGUUUAGCGGCUGAGAGGGAGGAAGGAGACCUCCUGAAUGGAGAUGUUACCCCAGUGGGGGGGAGAGAUAAAUUGGAAGAACACAGUGCAGGUGAAAGGGUGCAGGGGUGUUGCCAAGAAGUGUCUCUAAACUGGUUGGCGGUAAAUGAGGCCCCUUCACAAUGUGGAAGCGGCGAAGGUGAAGAAGCGCCCGAUCGGGUAAAGGGAAGAAGCACUCUGACGGUGGAGAUCCCCUUGGGGGGGGACUACGCGGAGGGGAAGUCGGCUUUGCGGGGAGGCCCUCAUGGGGUGGUACUCCCCAGACGGCUAAAGAUCAACGUGAAGAAGCGUCCAGGAGGGGCACCAACGGGUGGAAGGGGAGCAGCCGUAACGAAAGCAGGUGUAACGAAGGCAGGUGUAACCAAAGCAGCUGUAACGGUGGCAGGAGGAGGGAGCAGAAUCUCGAGUGACGAGCUGGUGCUGAAUAAAUUUUUGGCCGAGAUGGGGGGGAACCCCCCUGCAAGGGUGCCCAGACGGGACGGCUUGAAGAAGGGCAGCUCCAAAGGUAUCCAACCGGACAGAGCGAACGCGCACGGGGGAAGGGGAACCGCUGCGAUGAAGCAGAAGAGUUCCCUGUGCAGGAGUGUAGUGGGCAGUCAAAGGGAAAGCAAUGAGAAGGAGGGGCCAAAGGGGGGGCCAACGGGGAGACCACAUGAGAGACCAACGGGGAAACCAACGGAGAGACCACAUGCGAGACCAACGGGGACGAAGCAGACGAGGAAGAAUGAACGUAGGAGAAUGAAGGACGGGGUGGCCCAACGAGGGGGUGCUCCCUUUGUGGGAGAAAGGGAGAAGUGCCAAAACGGGGUGACGCCUAGCAGAGCCGAGCUGCGCGAAGGGAAGAACGCGAGGGCUGCCCAGCAGGGAAGCGGUGUCUACGCAGGCACAGAAAAGAAAGGGAGCUACCUGGAAAAGCGGAAAAGCUACGUCUUCUUUUUUAAGAGGGGCCUCAAAGGAAAGCUGGAGAGAAUGAACCGGGAGGCGGAGGCGGAGGCAGAACCGCACGGGGGGGAGGUGCAGGGCCUUUCGCAGGAGGGGGCGCAAGUGGGUGCAAAAAAUGGCUGUGGAAAAAAUGGCGGUGGAAAAAAUAGCGGUGGAAAAAAUAGCGGUGGAAAAAGGGACGAUUUAAAACCCGCUAAUGGAAAGCCCCCCUGUGGAACCCCCCCCUGUGGAAGCCCCACCGAUGCUAUCAAAGCGAAGAAGACCCGCGAAGGAGAGAACCCAACAGAGGAGCAACCAACAAAAUUGCAUAACGGUGCCCACCCGGGGGGAGCGAAGGACGUGCCUCCAUCGGAACCAAAGAACCUGCAUGGAGAGAUGGCGGCGUGUAGAUGCACCCCCAACAGUAAUGCAAAAGGGAAAGAAUUUUAUCUUCACAGUGGGAACAACGGUCCUACGAAUGGCAGUUGCCACCAAUCGGUUAGCGGCAAUGGGGUGACACCCCCCAGGGGGAACAUUACCACCCCCUCUGAUGAGAGGAAGGAGGUACACUUUAGCCACUUCCCCUGGAAGAAUGGACGGAGCAGUAACUCCUUGGGGAGACACAGCAUGGCAGUAAGUUGGAAGGACGCUUCUAAUUUAUACCGCAGUAGGAACGAUGGCGAAAAGGGGCAUGUUGUUGGAGCCUCCUCUCCAUCGAAUGCACCUCGAGGGGGGGUGCAAACUCCAGGAGGGUUGUUCACGGGGGGGAGGAAGUACCUUCCCAUUGGAGGAAACACAACGCAGGGUUAUGCUGCAAGGGGUUCACCUCAAAUGGGUUCUGCAAGAACUGCCGAGGAAGGGGAGCUAGAAUCCCUUUGGAGGAGAACCCCAGCGGGAGACACACAUUACGCAGAUGAGAUGGACAUUCAAGGGGACGAUGUGAAGGUUCACCAGAGAGGUACCCCCCCAGAGGGGUUAAUGGAAAGGGAAAUGGUUUCGACCAACCGGGUUGCUGCUAUAUCUUCGCAUUGGGACCACCGGGGUGACGAGGGGUCUCCCCCUGGUGAGUGGCGGCCGAAUGGGCAGCUCUCACAGGGGACGAUGCCGCGAAGACGGAUAGUGGGUGCCCCCAUGGGGGCAUCCCCAGUGAGGGCAGGUAGGAGCGAUGCGAAUGUGGCAGGUAAAGGCCCCCCCGCUGUAAACAGUCGAACCCAUGGAAAGGCAAAUCAGUCAUCAGAAGAACAGUACAGCCCAAACGAACCCACCAGUUUUACACACCACCAAAUGGGCAUUAACCGAUGCAGCAACGGUAGGACAGUGGACGCACGUGGGAAUACAAAGCAGCGUCGUUUGCCGAAUGCAAAGGAGAGGAUGCAACGCCUUCUUCAGUUCAACGAGGAUGUGCACAGGAGGGGCGAGAAGAACGCUCCCCAGGUUACCCCCGAGGUGGGAAGCCCUUCCGAGUGGUGGUCCCACGUAGAACAGGGCACCGACACGUAUCUGCUGAAGGACCAACGGAAAAAAAAACAAAAUGGGAACCCAUGUUUUAAUAUAAAAGGGGAUGACAUGAAGAACGUUUCCCCUUCGGCUAACCACUUGGCUCACGUGCAUGCAUCUAAGGGUGAACCGUAUAUGCACAUUAUGCAGAUUACGCAGAUGUCCGCGGUAAGCCCAAAAAACGCCGCUCCAGGGGGGAUCAGCCCCACUGGGAAAGCGGCACCGAUGGUACCCCGCAAUGUAGGCCAGAAGGACGAGGCACACAUGGCAAGACCGCUCAGUAACCACAACAGAUUCGCAGUCGCCAGGGGGACGAACCCAAAUGGUCCCACUCUUAGAGCGUAUCAACUGCCUAAUACACAUCAGUAUGGGGCUCAAAAGGUAUUCAUCAGAUGUAACGAACGGAAGGUGGGCUACCCAAUGGGUGAUGCAUCUGGAAGGAGGAGCCAACUAGAGGAGAGGAAAAACGAACAGAAGCGAGCAAACCGCAAUGAUGCGUAUGCGCAAGCGUUGGGAGGUACCCCCCAAGGGGGGCCAAGUAAAACCUACAUGUCUUUGCACGGGGCAGUUGCCCACGAAGAUCCGAGGCAGACAAAAAGCAACUUCACAACAGGAAGGAGCAAAAAGAAUUCCAAUUUGAGCAUCUUGUGGUGGAAGGCUUAGGGGAGGAUCGCCCCCUCCACUGCAGCUGCUUCCCCAAGCAGAGGCGCACACACGCACGUCGUCGUACGCGGCUGCUCAAAUGGCGUAGCGGCGGUUGUGUUAAUGGAACUUUCCUAGUCAGCCGACCACGCGGUGUGCCGUGCAACGCACGCUUCGCUUCGAAGCCCAGGUGCACUCCCCCCUUUUUGCUAAACAACUUUAAAUGUAUGCUCCACCGUGGGGCAGGCCACGCCAGUUUACCACGCCGCUUUGCCGCGUCCUAUUUUGAAGGCAACACGUUGUCUGUGCCUUCAACGGGGGGG